CUCCUCCCCCCACCCCGGGGAGGGCUGCUACAAUUUGUGGUUACAGCUUUACACGUCAGAAAAAAAAAAAAGUUUGCAGAAUGUCCCACACCGAAAAAAAAAAAAAAAAAUCCGAAACCGAGCGAAAAAAACCUGCAAGUGGGCCUGGCGGAUGGGAUUAUUAAAGCUUCGCCGGAGCCGCGGCUCGCCCUCCCACUCCGCCAGCCUCUGGGAGAGGAGCCGCACCCGGCCAACCCGGCCCCCAGCCCCAUGGACCUCCGAGCAGGGGACUCGUGGGGGAUGUUAGCUUGCCUGUGCACGGUGCUCUGGCACCUCCCUGCAGUGCCAGCUCUCAAUCGCACAGGGGACCCAGGGCCUGGCCCCUCCAUCCAGAAAACUUAUGACCUCACCCGCUACCUGGAGCACCAACUCCGCAGCUUGGCUGGGACCUAUCUGAACUACCUGGGGCCUCCUUUCAACGAGCCUGACUUCAAUCCACCUCGGCUGGGGGCAGAGACUCUGCCCAGGGCCACUGUCAACUUGGAAGUAUGGCGAAGCCUCAAUGACAAACUGCGGUUGACCCAAAACUAUGAGGCCUAUAGCCACCUCUUGUGUUACUUGCGUGGCCUCAACCGUCAGGCUGCCACGGCAGAGCUGCGCCGCAGCCUGGCCCACUUCUGUACCAGCCUCCAGGGCCUCCUGGGAAGCAUCGCAGGAGUCAUGGCAGCUCUGGGCUACCCGCUGCCCCAGCCUCUGCCAGGAACUGAGCCCAUUUGGUCCCCUGGCCCUGCCCCCAGUGACUUCCUCCAGAAGAUGGAUGACUUCUGGCUGCUGAAGGAGCUGCAGACCUGGCUGUGGCGCUCAGCCAAGGACUUCAACCGGCUUAAGAAGAAAAUGCAGCCUCCAGCAGCUGCGGUCACCCUACACCUGGAGGCCCAUGGCUUCUGAUCUCUGACCUUUACUAUAUCCUCUUUUCCCCCUCAAGUCCUGCUCCCACUCUGGGAGGGAGAAACCUGUACACCAAUACUUGUUGAGCCAGGAGACAGACGGGAGCCCUGUCCCUCCCUGGCCUUGGACAGGGGUGUCGUAUGAUAAGCCUCAUCUCUUGCCCAGCUCCCAGAGUCCUAUGGGUUUGGAGGAGAGGUGCAUAAGUGAUGUCCUGUUUUCACAGAAGUAACGCUCAAGCGAGUGGGAUGGCUCUCACCACCUCCUGCUUCCUGCUUACCACCUCCAGUACCCACCCAGCCCCUCCUGCAACACUUCUAGAAGCAUACAUGAAAGGCAAGAGCAGGGGGCCACCAUAGCACAUGCCUUUCUGAGAUGAAGCCCUUUGGCUAUCCUCACUUCCCUUGAUGGGUGUUGCUCUCAUACCCCAAUACCUAUAUAUCCAGUUCAGGAAACAAACAUGGCAAUGACUCUAAACAAGAGAUGGGAAAAAACUGGAAGGGGUGGCCUGCACUGGAGAUGGCCUAGAAGCCAGAAGAGGCUAUACUGACAGAGGGACAGGGACAGACAAGACCCAGCAGUCACCAAGGCGUCAGUGGCACAGGUGGCAAGGGAAAAAAAAGCCACAUUGUGCAUAAGGACCUUGCCUUGAAUUUUCUUGCCGGCAUCAAAGUGCCUCCUAUUUACCACCUCUCCCAGGGUAUCUGUGGUUGCCCAGGCUGGGGAAGGUAGCCACAGCUGAACCCACAGCCACAGCCACGGGUUUCCUGAAAGUUUACAUUGCAGUAGCAUAGUGGGGUGUAGGGGGCAGCUCUCCCAGGCUCUGCUCCCCCAGCCCCACCCACUCAUGACUCUUAAGUUUGUUGUAUUAAUAUUUAUUUAUUUGGAAAUGUUAUUUAUUAGAUGAUAUUUAUU